ACCCUGCAGUCUGGCGCAACGCUGCUCCUCAUCUUAUCGUGUUCCUUUAUUUUCCUCGCACACGACCCUACCACCUCUGCAGUAGCCUGCGCACAAGCCAACGAUGGCAACGCAAACCACCCAAGAGACGACCCGCACACCCGAGCUCACCAUCAUCACCCGCGUCGCGUCCAUCCCCCUCGUCGCGUCCUCCCUGAGUACCCUCCACGACACGCUCACGAACAACGCGCUCACCCGCCAACCCUACACGACUGCCACCACCCUCUCCAAGUCCGCGCUCGGGUACGCGGAGCCCCUCCAACACCGCUUCGCGCCUCUGCUCGUCCGCGCGGACGAGUACGCCAACCUUGGCUUUGACGCAGUCGAGAGCAGGUACCCGUACCCGUUCAAGACAACACCGGAGGACAUCGUCAAGGACUUCAAGACACGCAGCGACAAUGCGAAAGACCUCGCGAACAAGACUAUUGACGAGCGAGUGAAGAGCCCUGUGGCGAACGUCGCAGGGGGCAUCGACCAGCGCUUCGCACCGAUCGUUGACUACUUCCAACUCGCGGUCUCCAAAAUAUACCCUGUUACUAACGGCUCUGCGGAGCCUGCACACCCGGAGACGAAGUACCAGUACCAGCGCGCCUACGCCCUCUCCAAGGAGCUCACCGAGCAGCUUCGCACUUACUCCACUGAGCAGCUCAACCAGCUCAAGACGCACAAUGCGCUCGUCAAGCGUGCAUCGGGGACAGCCCACGACAUCUCCACGCUCGCGUCGACGAGCUACGGUACCGCCCAGACAAAAGUGCACACACUCUCUGACACGAUGCUCACCGAGCUGCACCAGGUGCGCGCGACAACAGCCGCCCUCCCCGCCCACGCCCAAGCAGCCUUCUCCGACAUCUCGCAGCAGCUCUCCUCGACGAUCUCCGACCUGACCGUGAUCCUCAAGUCCGAGGAGCCGGUGCACGCGAAGGUGACGAAGGUCAAGGAGACCGUGCAGGAGCGCGUGCAGCCGAUCCUCGCGGCCGCGGCCGCGCGUGUGCAGGAGAUGCUGAGCGUCGUGCGCGCGCGCGUGGGCGAGAAGACGGAGCAGGGCAAGACGGUCGUCGGUGAUGGCAUUGUGCUGGGCGAGGGCGCGGUGGUGGAGACAGUAGAGAGUGUGAAGCCAUCGGAGGAGGCGGCGGCCCCUGUGACGGUGGCGAACGGGAACGGGAACGGGCAUGCUUGAAGGGUCUCUUCCGAGUGUGGUGGCUUGGUGGUGGCUCGGUUCCUCGAUUUCUUCCUUCUCGAAAGGCGUCGUCCCCAGAUGUUUACAACUUAGCGGUGUUGCAAUGUGCUGCAGCACUGAUACUUUAUUCGUCUCUCUUCUCCUCUGCCCUGCCAUAGACGAUGCAGCUACGCCCCUCUCUUAGACACCUGGAUUUCGUACGAUGUAUUACAAACUCGUAGACGACGCUUGUAAUGUUAUAGGCUGUCUCAAUGGAAUUACAUAAGUCAUCUGACCAUUCUCGAUUUUGCAUGAAGGGUAGGUGACCACGUUACCGUAUGUGAAGGGACAGCCCGCUGAAGCGCUGACGAUUGACAACGAUGUCACUAGCCUCAGUU